GCUGGUAUACCAUAAGUGCUCAAUAAAUGUUUGUUGAAUGAAUUGAGGAAAUGUUUGCAGGGGACAGAAAUUCACAGAAACUUCAGAGGGGUCAUGCACACACACAUUUUAGAGGGAGACACACACCGUCUCCACACAUGGUACCUUAUUCACUCAUCGUCAACAUUCAUAGUCAACAACUUUUAUCCACCGACCUAUUCACAGUAUUUCUGCAGGAUACCUACCCUCUUCCUACAUCCCUCUCCCCAGCAUUUAUUACCUGACUCUUACUCAGCUGGAUACACUAGGCUUGGAACAUUUACAGACCUCCUUACCCAGAUUUUGAACAUACACACAUACAUGCACACAAACCCAAGAGAUUUGCAUAAGCAUACCCUCACACAACAAACACAUAUAAACUCUCAGUACAUACACACACACACACAUACACACACACACACACCCUCAUCCAACACACACACACACUCUUCACACAUACAGAGUUUAAGUCACAAGCUCUACGUAAAGACAAACACAAGGACAUGUACACACCAGCCCCAGAUCCUCUGGUCUUUGGUUCCCUGGAGCAGAGGGAGGGGUUAGGGAAAACCACUCCUCUGCAUCAACCACGCCCCUUUCAGCUGUCGUUGUUUCCUGGAUUUGAGCCUGAGGUGUCUCAGCAGCGGCCUAGACUCCAGUUCGACUAACAGCUGCCCAUUCUUUCGUCUGCCUGGCACUGUCUCCUGGCUGUGCAUCAGGACAGUGCCACCCUAAGCUACCAGAAAGGGACAACUGAACCUCACCCUGCAUCCCAGCUACCUCUCAUCUCAGGCGGACAUGGCCUGCAGGGGUCGCACUCGACCCAGGGCCUUGGCCUGGGCCCUGCAGCUGACCCUGGCAUGGAUGCUGCUGGGGGCUUGUGGAGGGAGCCACCCACUCCCAGCUAGAUCACAGAGACACCGUAGGCUGGCGACCAAUCUGGGCACAGACCAGCUGUGCCUGGAAGAGAUGAACCCACCAGAGGCAUCGGACUCUGGGCUCCUCCCAGUGCGCUGUGGGGAGCUGAGCCCCAGGUGCGAAUCCUUCCUGGUACACCUCCAGGCUGCCCUUCGCAGUCGUUUCCACCUGCUGCUCUUGGGGGUGCGCCAGAGGCAGCCGCUCUGCUCUGAGCUCUGCGAUGCCUGGUUUGCCACUUGCGAAAGUGACGUCAUCUGCAGCCCGACUUGGCUCCCACUCCUAGAAAAGAGGGGCUGCGAGCCUGGCUGCACUACUUAUGGGCAGACUUUUGCAGACGGAGCGGAGCUUUGCCGCUCGCUUCUGGGCGACGCGCUACCAGUGGCGGAUCCCGGCUCUGUUCACUGCCUCAACAUUUCCGUCUCGAUGUUGCCGCGUCCCAGGCGUGCACGAAGGGCCCGGGGAACCGUUGUCCGGCGCUCGCGCCGCUCUCGCACCGGGAUCCUGGACUCCGCGAGCAGCGGGAGUGGCAGCGGCAGUGGCAGCGGCCCCUAGGGGGCGCCCGGCCCUAAGUGGAAGAUACGCUUCCUCUGCCCCACCCCCGACCCCGCCCCUCAAGACAGCCAGCGUCCCACCCUUGUCCCUCUCUGCCUUCUAGUUUCCAGAGUCCCAUCCUUCCUCCCUAGGUCCCCAAAGACUCGCCCCUCCCCAGAUUAUUUGAGAAAUAACCCAACUGUUCAUUUUUUCCCUCUACCCCCUAAAUAAACUUUCCAG